AUGCGCUCAGGAUGCGGGAGCUCCCAAAUGUCCCUCCGUUCAGCAUGGAUAACGAGCUGCGUGUUGGUUCUGUCGCUAUGGGUCACAGCAGCGCAGGGUAUGAGGCACGAUCAAAUUAGGAGCCUAAGGAUCGAGACGGAGCACAUGUUCUACCAUGGAUUUGAAAACUACCUCGAACACGCCUUUCCCGAAGACGAACUACGCCCGCUCUCGUGCAGCCCGCUCCAUCGCGAUCGGAAUAACCCUGGCCACGCUGAACUCAAUGACGUUUUGGGGAACUAUUCUCUGACGCUAAUUGAUAGUUUGUCAACUCUCGCCAUUCUGUCAUCAAGCCCUGAUGAUGGGCAAAGGGCGUGGGAAUACUUUCAGGAUGGGGUCAAGGACUUUGUGAGACUUUAUGGGGAUGGGUCCGAUGGGCCGGGUGCGCAGGGCGAAAGGAGUCGCGGGUUCGAUAUGGAUAGUAAGGUCCAGGUUUUUGAGACGGUUAUUCGGGGACUAGGUGGAUUAUUGAGCUCCCAUCUCUUUGCCGUCGGCGACCUUCCCAUCAGUCGCUAUACUCCGUCCGCGGAGGAAGUGGCCUAUGCAAAAGCCUGGGAUAAGGCGCAGCUCGCUGGGACUAGACAAGGGAUUGAAUGGGACAACGGAUUCAUAUAUGAUGGCCAGCUCCUCCGGCUCGCUGUUGAUCUAGGUAAUCGCAUCUUGCCGGCUUUCUACACUGAUACGGGUCUCCCCUAUCCUCGAGUCAAUCUUCGCCAUGGAGUCCACCAACAACCUUUCUACGAAAACUCACCUUUGAAUGCUGAUUGGGUACCUCCAUGCGAUGGCAAAGACAAGAAGAGCUGCGUCUCUCCGACUCCAGAGAUUACUGAGACUUGCAGCGCGGGCGCUGGCAGUUUGGUACUGGAAUUCACUGUGCUAAGUAGGCUUACUGGAGACGGACGCUACGAGGAAUUGGCAAAGAGAGCUUUUUGGGCUGUUUGGAAUCGAAGAAGCGAUCUCGGCUUGAUUGGUGCCGGUAUUGACGCAGAAUCUGGAAAAUGGGUUGCCCCAUUUACCGGCAUUGGCGCUGGUAUUGAUAGCUUCUAUGAAUAUGCUUUCAAGUCCUACGUCCUGCUCUCCUCUGGGGAGCGCCCAGAUCAUGACCUCGCGAGUCCCUGGCGUGCCCUAGACGACUACUUCGACCCGCUGAGCGAGUAUGAACAUUCUGCGGAAGCGUUUCUGCAGGUUUGGAAAGAGUCGCACGCUUCUAUUAAGCGCCAUCUUUACCGAGGCGAAGGAUAUCAGCACCCGCACUUGAUUCAAGGGGAUAUCUUUACUGGCGCCACCCGGGCGUUUUGGAUCGACAGCCUAAGCGCUUUUUAUCCCGGCCUUCUGACUUUAGCAGGAGAGCUGGACGAAGCUAUAGGAAUUCACUUGCUUACGACAGCGGUGUGGAAUCGUUUCUCUGGGCUCCCUGAAAGAUGGAAUGUUGCCACGGGAAACGUCGAAGGCAACCUAGGCUGGUACGGCGGCCGUCCGGAAUUUGUCGAGUCGACGUACUACCUCUACCAAGCCACCAAGGAUCCUUGGUAUUUGCACGUUGGUGAGAUGGUGCUGCGAGAUAUCAAGCGACGUUGCUGGACCAAGUGCGGCUGGGCUGGGCUCCAGGACGUCCGAAAUGGAGAAUUGAGUGAUCGCAUGGAAAGUUUCUUUUUAGGGGAAACAGCCAAGUACAUGUUUCUGCUCUACCAUCCAGAGCACCCUCUGAACAGUCUGGAUCAGCCAUUCAUCUUCACCACCGAGGGCCACCCACUUGUCAUCCCUCAAAGCACUACUUCAACCUCGCGUAAGCGCAUGACACGGGACUUGCACGAACACGAUAUGUUGAGCAGAUCUGUUUGCCCGACGGCACCUAUACCCCCGACCUUUGGCCUCUCCUCCACGGCCGCUCGCCCUGAUGUUUUCCAUGCUGCAAACCUAGCGCGACUCGACUUGAUGCCGAAUCGAGGGUCACCAGAAGGACCUUUGGAGGACUAUGCAAAGAAUCGCGCGGGGGUUACAGUCGCCGAUCUCACUUCACCGAGCAACUACACUUUCUUCCCCUGGACGUUGCCACCAGAGCUGGUGCCAUAUAAUGCAACGAGCUCACUUAUGGCCGUUCGCCCUACUCUGGACAUAUCGUUCCCGGCUGUCCCUGGAAUGACCCACGGAUCUGGCUUCCUGGAGCGAGUCCGGGACGGCAUUCUCGUUAAAUCCAUCGGCGGCCUACGAAUGAGCAUGAUCCGGGACGCACCGCCGCGUGACGUAAUGUUCAAUCCAGAGGGGAGUGAAUUUCGAGUGCAGGUGGUCAACGGCGUGCCAUUGGGAAAGGAUGAGAAGACAGCUUCAGCCGACGAAAUGAUUCUGAUGAUGAUCAAGAAUUUACUCCUGGAAAUGGAGGACAACAGCGAGUUCUCCAUGCUAGAUCGUCCGCAGACGAUAGCAAGGCCGCAGCACGAAUAG